GGUGCUGGCAGCUUGCAGUCGGGCGGUCGAGCCCGCAUAGACAGAACGCACUACGCUGCUGCAACCGCGAUUUAAAAAAAAACAAGCCCCUCGCCUCCCGGCAUUUUUGACAAGUGACAGCGCGCCAUUUUGAAAAAAGUGUUUUUUUUUCUAAUUCCCGAAGUGUGUUGUGUUUGAGUGCUUGUGAUUUUGCAAUCGGAUUCGGAAUUUUGCUAAGAUAUCCCGGAUGUAGACAUUACGGACCACAGUGACGCACCUCGGAUCCCACAAUGGGGCACAAACAAUACCUGGCGUUGGGGCAGACGGCGCGGCGGCUGCUGGGCCUGCCCGCGGGGAGGGGCGCCGUGCCCCUCAACAUGCUUAUAUCGCAGCAGGGCAAGCUCAACCACGGACGCCUGGCUGUGAUUCUCUUCAGUAUAUGUACAGUUGUGCUCGGAAUUAUCCUCUCCUUCGUGCCGUGGCUGGACUACAUCAUAUUCAGGGAGCUGAAGUUGUGGAACGGCUCGCUGAGCUAUUCUUACUGGCAGAAACCUGGCGUGGUCCGGCUGACGAAGGUCUAUAUCUUCAACGUGACCAACCCCAGCGGCUUUCUGGAGCACGGCGAAAAGCCGAAGCUUGUGGAAGUCGGCCCGUUCGUUUAUCGAGAAGACAUGGAGAAGGUCAACAUCAAGUUCCACGACAACGACACGAUUACGUACCAACACAACAAAAUUCUGCGCUUCGUUCCCGAGCUCUCAGUCAACAAGAACCAGAAGUUGACAGUGCCCAACAUUCCACUACUGACAGUGACAUCCUUCUCUCCCAACCUGGCUGGUCUCGUGGUGAGCGGCCUGGCUUCGGUUCUGUCCGUGGCCUACAAGAAAACUGCGGAACCCUUCGUCAAGGUCACCGCUGAGCAGCUGGUUUUUGGAUACGAUGACCCUCUCGUGACCCUGGCUCACUACUUCUACCCCAAAGGAAAGAGACCCAACAGCCAAAUGGGAUUACUACUGGCGCGAAACGGGACCCUGGACGAAGUAUCGACGAUCUACACGGGACAGAGAUCCAUGUCGCGUUUCGGAUACCUGGACAAGAUCAACGGACUGGACCACUUGCCUCACUGGAAGGAGAGCCCCUGCAACGAUAUCAGGGCCUCAGAAGGAUCGUUCUUCCCCCCUCGAGCGGUGACCAAGUCCGACCUAGUCCACGUGUACGACAAGGACAUCUGUCGUAUACUUCCCCUGCAGUACAGGAGAGAUGUCUACAAAGAUGGCAUCCAAACGGGUCUCUACACACCGCCGGCGUCCACAUUCGAGUCGGCUGACGUGAACCCGGACAACAAGUGCUACUGCCAGGGAGAGAAGUGUCCACCAAGGGGCUUGCAGAACAUCAGUCCGUGCCAAUACAGCGCUCCUGUGUACCUAUCAUAUCCUCACUUUUACGACGCUGAGCCGUCUCUCCUCGACAAAUUCGAGGGUCUGAAGCCAGUUCAGAAGACACAUGAGACUUACUUCAUGAUUCAACCGAAACUUGGCGUGCCGCUAGAGGGCUUCGUGCGCGUGCAGCUGAACAUCAAAGUGAGCCGCGCGCCCAACAUCUACGUGAACAGCAUCAACAAAUUCCCCGACAUCAUCUUCCCCGUCAUGUGGAUUGAGGAGGGUAUCCACGAAGUGACAACCCCCAUCUGGCGAUGGAUCUACCUCGCAACCACCGUCGGCCCCAUCGCAGCCCCCCUGCUCACAUACUCCAUGAUAGUCUUCGGCAUUCUAACCAUCUUAUUCGUCUUCAUUAAGGCAUACAAAAGCUUCGUCAUCGGACAGAACUCCAUAGAAAUAGUCGAGAUAGGCCGAGAGACAUUACGAAGGGGUUCUAUGAUAUUACAUAGCACGCAGAAAAUAUGUCUAAGGGAACCCCCUUACAUUCUAUUACCACAAACGAGUAUAGACAGUGGAGUUAGGGAGUUUAGUCAAAGUCUAGGAGAUGUAGGGAAGGCUGAUUUAGGUUUAGAAUGUGAGACUUUAAUUAGGUCUGAUAAUAGUUUUAUAUUGUCCGAAAGGAGGUGUAGUUUAGGGUUUAGGUUACCAAACUUUUAGGUUAUGUGUGUGUGGGGGCAUUUCCGCGAGAACAGUCACAAAAAAAAUCUAAGGUAGGUAAAUUUUAUGUUUUUCCUACUUAGAAUCACGAGCCCAUUCGAUCUGUGACAAAAAAUAAGAGAAUUUUUUUUUUCUAUUAAUUUACAUACUUUCCACUUUGUAACCGCUGUUUGAACUAACCUAACCACAAAAUCAAAAUAUUGAAAAAACCCCCGACCGCG